GUCAGGGGCGCGCCGGACGGUGGCUUGAGAGUCCGUGCGUGCCGCGUGGGGCGGCGGCGGCGGCAUGGAGCGGGACCCCAGCCCCGGGGGCGCGCGCCGGGCGCUGGGCCGCCUGCUGGAGGCGGUGCUGGCGAGUCGCCGCGAGGCCAACGCCGUGUUCGACAUCCUGGCCGUGCUGCAGUCGGAGGACCCGGAGGAGACCCAGGAAGCGGUGCGCGCGUGCAGCCGCCUAUUCGGGGCCCUGCUGGAGCGGGGAGAGCUGUUUGUGGGCCAGCUGCCCUCCGAGGACACGGUCAUGGCAGGGUCCCAGGGGGCGACGCGGAAGUACAAGGUGUGGAUGAGACACAGGUACCACAGCUGCUGUAACCGCCUGCGGGAGCUUUUGGCCCACCCCUCCUUUGAGGUCAAGGAGCUGGCUCUCAGCACGCUCAUGAAGUUCGUACAGCUGGAGGGAGCACAUCCCCUGGAGAAACCCAAGUGGGAGGGCAACUACCUGUUCCCUCGCCAGCUUUUCAAGUCGGUGGUGGAAGGCCUGCUGUCUCCGGAGGAGGACCACUCGCUGCUGGUGUCCCGGUUCCAGGAGUACCUAGAGCACGACGACAUCCGCUACCACACGAUGCAGGCGGCCACGGGUGUCGUGGGCCAGGUGGCUGACAGGUACCCCGAGGUGCCGCCCGCUUUCUGGAACAACGCCUUCGCGCUGCUGUCUGCCGUGAGCCUCCCCUGCCAGGAGAUCAGCUCCUCCAGCUUCUAUGUGAAACACGCUGAGCUGUCGCACAAGUGGAAGGUCGCUCAUCUGAAGGAGCACAAGAAGGCCUUCCAGCUGAUGUGGCUUGGCUUUCUCAAGCACAAGCUGCCCCUCAGCCUGUACAAGAAGGUGCUGGUGAUCAUGCACGACGCCAUCCUGCCCCACCUGGCCCAGCCCACCCUCAUGAUCGACUUCCUUACCCGCGCCUACGACGUGGGGGGCGCCAUCAGCCUGUUGGCCUUGAACGGACUUUUCAUCCUGAUUCACAAGCACAACCUCGAGUACCCUGAUUUCUACCGAAAACUCUACGGUCUCCUGGACCCGUCUGUCUUCCACGUCAAGUACCGGGCCCGGUUUUUCCACCUGGCCGACCUCUUCCUGUCAUCCUCCCAUCUGCCCGCCUACCUGGUGGCUGCCUUUGCCAAGCGCUUGUCCCGCCUGGCGCUGACGGCGCCCCCCGAGGCCUUGCUCAUGGUGCUGCCCUUCAUCUGCAACCUGCUGCGCCGACACCCCGCCUGCCGCGUGCUGGUGCACCGCCCGCUGGGCCCCGAGCUGGAUGCCGACCCCUACGAUCCUGCAGAGGAGGACCCGGCCAAGAGCCGCGCCCUGGAGAGCUCGCUGUGGGAGCUGCAGACCCUCCAGCGGCAUUACCACCCUGAGGUGUCGCAGGCCGCCAGCGUCAUCAACCAGGCGCUGUCGGUGCCUGAGACCAGCAUCGCACCCCUGCUGGAGCUCACGGCGUUCGAGGUGUUCGAGCGGGACCUGAAGAAGAAGAGGGGCCAGGAGUCGGUGCCCCUGGAGUUCCUCCCGGCGCAGGGGCUGCUGGGCCGGCAGGACGAUCUCUGCGCCCAGCACUUCACGCUCAGCUGACCCUGAGCGCCCGCUCCCCGCCCCCACCCGUGGUUUUGUAGGAGAGAGAUGGGGGUGGGCCGUGGGUGGCGGGGCGGAGUCCGGGGAGCGCCGGCCUGUCUUCUGACUGCUCCGGCGGCCGGGUCUGCAGGCUGGUGGUCACAGUGGCGGCCGUGCACGGAGGGCGCCUCGUGUCCACCCGCGGCCCCCCACGCCUGCCCCCCGCCUCUCCCCUCCUCCGGAAGUCUCUCCCUUAGCCGGAGCCCGGGUGGGCGUGGGGCCAGGGUGGGGGUCGGGGGCUGCGGCCACACGGGGCUCUGGGUGCACUGGGCGGUGGCUUCUGCCAGUCCUGUGUGACCCUGGGGCCCCUCAGGUCCGAGCGUCUGGGCCACACCCCCCUCCCUGCUGCAGCUGGACUGUGACCUGGGAGCGACAGUGAGGGUUCUCUGUCCUGGUUAGUCGUGGGCAGCACGGAGCACAAGCCACCUGUUCCCAGUCGAGCUGAGGAGGACCUACCUCUUUGUCCCGUGGUGCCUGUGGUCCCAGGUGCGCAGUGGGCGUGUCUGCCCCACGAGGGGCAGUUACGGGUGGAGCCACCUGAACGUCGCGGCCCCCAGUGGCGUGGGUGCUGGCAGCUGCAGGCCGGUCGUUUGCUGUGUUUCCGGGUUCUUUCUUCAAGGCCCCGUUUCUGCCGGGCGAGCUUGGUUCCCCUCCGGCGUGAGUCCAGCUUCCUCUUAAAAAGCGUCUUGUUUAGGGAGAGAGUCACGUGAGUGAUAGCCGCUCCCGUGGGUUUGGGGGCCUGGCGGAGAUGCAGGUGUGGGUGCAGAGCCGGGGAGGGGGCGUCCCUGGUUCUGCAGCCUCUUGCCUGAGCCCCCCCUCCCCGCCCCCACGGGAGCCCUCGGAGUCGCAGCAGGCAGUGGUUUGGCCGGCUGGGUCUCUAGGGAGCUGCCCCGGUGGCCCAGGACCCUUGUGUGCCUGGUGGGGACGCUGGGUGAGGGGUGAAGGGGUGCUGCUUCUGCGUACACCUGUGUGGUUUCAGGGAUGCUGGCGCCCCGUCCCCUGGUACCAUCCUGGCCCCAUCUCAAGUCCACUUCUGCCCCCGGGCCUUUGCGCUGCCUUCUCUGCAGCUUUGCUCUCUGCUCCUGCCUGCGGACCCCAAGCCGAGGGAGGCCUCAGGGAAGCCUCUGCCCGGCAUCCUGUCGGUAACAGCUUCGGGCAUGCACGUGGGGCGCCGCCUGUUCACGGCCCCGCUGCCGUCGGUGCCCCGUGGACGGUCCCUGCCACCCUUCCCGGAGACCGAGGGAAGCUCGUCACGACCUGGUCCUCGUCUGGUCCCCGGGGCCCGGGACUUACCCGGCACAGAGGAGGGGCGCAUACACGUCUGUGGUAGAAGGGCCCGGGGGUCCUGAGCCGCCUGCUUCCGGCAGGGUUCGGCACGUCCGAGGCCGUCCCGGCCCCAGCUGAGCCCCGGCACGGGGACACCGGGGGGCAGCCCUGGAAGGGCUGCGGCCUCACGCUGAUUGAGAGAGAUGUCAUCCUGUUUUUUAAAGUAAAACUACAGAACUCUCA